UAGACACCCGCCGUCACUAUGUAUCGGAUCUCAAAUAUCUACGCCCUGGCGUGCUUCGGCACCAUCGGCGGUGCCCUCUUUGGGUUUGAUAUCAGCUCCAUGAGCGCCUGGAUUGGGGCUCCUCAGUACCUCGAAUACUUCGACAGUCCAGACUCGAAUCUGCAGGGUGGCAUCACGGCGUCCAUGUCGGCCGGUUCCUUCGUGGGUGCCAUCGCUGCCGGGUUCAUAUGUGAUUACGUCGGUCGUCGCAUGGUACUCAUUAUCGCUUGUUGUAUUUGGAUAGUCGGCGCCGUCGUGCAGCUGAGCGCGCAAAACGUCACUCACCUGGUCGCUGGUCGCGUGGUGAGCGGUCUCUCAGUCGGCAUUACCUCCUCCCAAGUCUGCGUCUACCUAGCCGAGCUCGCCCCCGCUCGAAUCCGCGGCCGCAUCGUUGGUAUUCAACAGUGGGCCAUCGAAUGGGGUAUCCUCAUCAUGUACCUGAUCUCGUACGGCUGCACGCAAGGCAUGGGCGAUAGCGACCCCGCGGCCUUCCGCAUCGCCUGGGGUGUCCAGGCCAUUCCGGCAAUCAUUUUGCUUUGCGCGCUGCCCUUCUUCCCCGAGUCCCCCCGUUGGCUCGCCGGUCAAGAACGUUAUGAAGAGAGUCUCGACACGCUGGCCCUACUGCACGGGAACGGCGACCGUGCGCACCCAGAAGUGCAGGUCGAGUGGGCGGAAGUCCAGGAAGCGGUGCGACUGGCGCGCGAGUCGAAGGACAUCUCGUUCUUUUCGCUGUUCGGGCCCAAGAUCUGGAUGCGUACCCUGUGCGGUGUCAGUGUGCAGGUGUGGCAGCAGUUGCUGGGUGGGAAUGUCGCUAUGUACUACGUGGUGUACAUCUUCCAGAUGGCCGAUAUGACUGGCAACACGACGCUGUACUCCUCCGCCAUCCAAUAUGUUAUUUUCCUGGUCACGACAGGCUUUAUUCUGCCGCUGAUCGACCGCUUGGGCCGUCGCAAGCUGCUCCUCUUCGGCUCGGUCGCCUGCAUGGUGCUACACUACGCGAUUGCCGGUGUCAUGGCGACAUAUGGCACCCCCGUGGAUGACGUUAACGGCAACGCCAACCUCAAACUGGUCAUCAAAGGCGCGCCAGGCAAGGCAGUAAUCUCUCUGUCUUACAUCUUCACCGGAAUCUAUGGUCUGACCUGGGCCCCCACCGCAUGGGUCUACUGCUCGGAAGUAUUCCCGCUCAAGUACCGCGCCAAAGGCGUGGGUCUCUCCGCCGCCGGCAACUGGAUCUUCAACUUCGCGCUGGCGUACUUUGUUGCGCCGGCCUUUACCAACAUCCAGUGGAAGACGUACAUCAUCUUCGGUGUGUUCUGUACGGUAAUGACCUUCCACGUGUACUUCCUGUACCCCGAGACGGCGAGGAAGACACUGGAAGAGGUAGACGAGAUGUUCGACCAAAACGUGCCGGCGUGGCGGUCGCAUGAGAUGGGGGAUAAAUUUGGGGAGCAGGUCGAGCGCCAGCGACAGCAGACGGAGAAGACGGGAGAUGUGGUGCACUCUGAGGUUGUUUAAUUUGUUCCUUGGGAGGGGUUGCGAUGUCUAAUAAAUAGUAAUACGUGUC